AUGAGUGAAGAGCAGGAAGUAACUGCUGAAGAACAACAACCACUUGUGGUUCAAAAAGUUCAAGAACAAUACCCCGAUGCGAUUCUUGACGUUUCUGACGCACGAGGCGAACUGACAAUUACGGUGCGUAAAGAUGCCAUCUAUGAGUUGAUGGCGUUCUUGAAAAACGACUCGGAACUCGCAUAUAAUUUUCUUGCUGAUGUCACAGCGGUUGAUUAUUCUUUGAUGGAAGAUGUUCUGAUGAAAUACGACUACGCACGGUUCACUGUCGUCUACCAUCUGCUUUCAACAGAAAAGAAAGAACGUUUGCGUGUCAAGGUUCCCGUCCAUGAAAAAGAACUCAGCAUCCCAUCAAUGACAUCAAUCUGGAAGGUGGCGAAUUGGCUAGAGCGCGAAACAUACGAUAUGUUCGGGAUCACCUUUGAGGAGCAUCCAGAUCUCCGCCGAAUCCUGAUGCCCGAUGAUUAUGAAGGGCACCCACUUCGUAAGGAUUAUCCCCUGCGUGGUCGGGGGGAACGUGAGACUUUUAACUUUGAAGAACAGAAUGUGUAA